UGGUCCACAGUAUAAUCCAUAUUUUGACUGCGUAGUACGAGUAACACUAAGCGAAACAACAGCAGUUAAAACUUAAAAGGCGAGUGUUGGAGAGCGGGGAAAGCGAGGGAGGAGUAAGAUGGGAAGUUCCAACACCGGCGGCAAGGACGAUCCCGGCGUCAACGCCGCCGCAAGUGACACCUCUAACGGCGGUCUUGCGGAUCCUAAGCCUAGCCUUUACGCCGAAGGCGAGAAGGUCCUCGCUUAUCACGGUCCUCGCAUCUACGAAGCCAAGAUUCAAAAAGCCGAGAUCCGUAAAAAAGAAUGGCGUUAUUUUGUUCAUUACCUUGGUUGGAACAAAAAUUGGGAUGAAUGGGUUGGCAUGGAUCGCCUGAUGAAAAUUACGGAAGAAAAUAUCCAAAAGCAGCAGGCUUUGGAGAAGAAGCAAGGUGCUGACAAGCAUCAUAGAUCUGGACGUUCUGCACAGACAAAGCCAAAAGGUUCUACUGAUGCAAAAGUAGAUAAAGAAGACGUCAAGAGCAAUGUGGCAAAAGGGAAAAAGCGGAAGGGUGAUGAGAAGGAUAGUGCCUCUGCAGAGAAACUUGUAAAGAUCCAGAUUCCAUCACCAUUGAAGAAGCAAUUGGUUGAUGAUUGGGAAUUCGUUACACAAAAGGACAAGCUAGUUAAAUUGCCUCGCUCUCCAACUGUGGAUGAUGUAUUAAAGAAGUAUCUUGAAUACAGAACAAGAAAGGAUGGCACGAUUACUGAUUCAAUUGCAGAAAUUUUGAAUGGAUUACGCUGUUAUUUUGACAAAGCAUUGCCGUUGAUGCUUUUGUACAAAAAAGAAAGGCAGCAGUAUCAUGAGGCUGUAACUAAUAAUGCUUCCCCAUCGACUGUAUAUGGUGCAGAUCACCUACUGCGCCUAUUUGUCAAAUUGCCGGAGUUGUUAGCCUAUGUAAACAUGGAAGAGGAGACAAUGACUCGUUUGCAGCAAAAAUUAGUUGAUUUUCUCAGAUUUUUGCAGAAGAAUCAAAGCACCUUCUUUCUCUCUGUUUACGAUGGCUCUAGAGUUGCAGAAGGAACGACGAAGGGAAAAGAAAAUUGAGGCUGCCCUGUAUUCAUAUGGUUUGGCGCUCUUAAUUUUUGAGUGCCCUGAGUGUGGUAGAUCAGAAAGCACAAACAAAUUCUUCUAUUUUGCUAAUUAGGCAUAUCACCGCCUCAUUGUACCAAUUCCACAAACUCUCUUGUAUACAUGUAAUAGUAAGUUUUUCACUUAUCAAUUUCUCAGCUAGUUUUUGCCUGUCCUGGCAUUUUUGUUGAUGAAUGUACUUUGUAGAAUCGAAGGGAGCUCAUGACCUGUAAUUAUAAAUAGCUCCUUUGCGCAGUCAAAUCAGGAUAACAAACAUUAAUUGUGAUGUAAUAUGUACGAGUAUUGUUUUGUACUAAUCUGAAAAUCUGAAAUUUAUACGCCCUA